AUGAUCAAGAAGUUCAUCACCAAGGGCAUAGCCAGCGGUGUCGGCGCCGUUGCCGAGGCGAGGGCCGAACGCAAGGAGCGCAAAGCCAACGCACUAUCUGGCACUUCUUCAACAGGAGAAUUGAGCAAUACAACAAGUCGAGAUUCCAAGAAGGCCGAUGACGAUUCCAGUGACAGUGAGGAUGAGAUCGAGCUCGCCUGGGAACUCGAUGAGGCUUCCGAACAGCUUCAACCACCUUCCUAUGAUGAAGCUACGAGUGAAGACCUCAAUACAGUGGUCCAGUCUUUCUUGAGAACUCAAGAGAAAAGCCAAGGUGUUCCCGGGGUCGCUUCCCAGCAGUACAAGCCACUUUCUGCUCCAGUCAUUCUGCCUCAACGUCGACCAAAGAACAAACAACGUGGCUUUGUACGUGCGUAUCCUCCGAUCCUUCAGGAGUGCGCCGGCAUCGACCAAGAUGCGUUCUUUCAAUUCCUUACGGCAUUCGACAAGGCAAGCAGAGCGUCGCCAGUGUAUGAUGUUAUCAAUCUUGCGUCCUUUGUGGUGGGCUGGGUUCCCAACCCGAUUGCAAUGGCCGUGUCGAUUGCUGUUACCACCGCAAAUAGAACGGCUCAGGAGAUCCACUCACGGGUCACCAGGAACCGUUUCUUGGACGACAUCAACGAGAAGUGGCUGAAGCCCAAAGGCCUCUACUGUCUCAUCAUGACCUACAAACCCGAUGCUCCUACGAUUAUCGAAACGGAUGUCACAUCGACUGAUCAAGCGCUUGCUAGAUACACAUCCGAAGACAGACCGGAAUGGCGCAAGAACCUCGCAAAGAUUCGACUCACAUCCGGCAAAACCAGCGGCGAGGCUGCUUUACCUGAGGCGGCGCCGCUCAUCUACCCAGCUAUCGACGCCGCAGCUUCGAGCACAUCGCAAGAGAAGCAGAACUUCCUCAAAUCGAGCGGUGAGUUCAUGGGCACUUACCUGGACAGACGCGCACAGGCAAUGCACGCCACCGACAACCCCGACUCCAAGUUGGCCGCACCAGAGGCGCAGCGCCAGUUCAAGUCCAAGUACGCUGACCCCAAUCAUCCGAUCCACUCUGGCACCGUGUUUGGCCUCCUCACGGCCGGCAAAUUCGAUCCGGUCAGAGCCAAACGCCGUCACAAGGCGCAGCGACGAGCUGUGAGACGUGGCAUUCAGCUCAACGAGGAAGAUCUGCAGGCUGCUGAGAUGGGCAAGAGACUGCCGUACGAGAGAGGUGGACGACGCAAGGGAAUCAUUGGAUCGGGUGUUGCGGUGGUGAGGAAGACUUUGCAGCAGGACUUGCUUUACUUGACGAUUGUGAACAUGCCGAGCGACAGUGAGUUGGCCGAGAUUCGGCAGGAAUUGGAACGAGCGCAGAGCAAGUAA